CCCCGCAAACGGUUGGCGGUGAUUGAAAGCCGCGAAGGAGUCUGAGGUAAAUUAUGAACUUAGUUUUAAAAUAUUAAUAUAUUUUAACAAAAAACUUUAACUCAAAGCGUAAAGGCGGCACUCGAGAUCGAGCGAACGCCUGAAAGAAGAAGAAUAAGAGAAAAAAACGCGAGACUCAGCUACCCACCACCGUCGCCACGGCAACCUCUCUCCCAAGCCAGCCUUUCCAUUGGCUGACGGGGUUUCUCAAGGCAGCUCCUGAUUGGUCAGUCGAGCCAGGAUGGCGGUGACUUCCGUGGGGGGGCAGCCACCCCCGCUGGACUCCCACAAUUCCCCGGAGCAAGUGGCAGCAAUGGUGCAUUGUGGGGGUCGGGUGAUGGAGUCACGUGGAGAGGAGUCCAUGGGACUGGAUCGACGUGCAUCGAUGGACACGCCUAUUCGCUCGCCUACAUUCUCACCUGAAGACUCGCCCACACGUGCAGCUCACGAUGAAGCUGAAGGAUUGAAUCAUCACUCAUCUACACGUUCACCUCUCCACUCACUUCGCGAUGAACACGAACAAUUGAAUGAACGCUCACCCACCUACUCGCCUGAAUACUCGCCUACACACUCGCUCGACUAUUCAACUGCCCACUUACCUGAACGCUCACUUACCCACUCGCCUCGCAGUGAAGCUGAAGGUUUGAACGAGCGGACACCCGAACAUUCACAUGCUAGUUCACCUGAACCACGUAGCGAACACUCGUGUACGCACUCACCCGCGCGCUCACUUGCACCACGCUCACCCGCACACGACAGUGACCCCUCACCGGAGCGUCUGCGCGCUCACUCGCACACAGAGGACUCCCACUCCCCGGGCCUCUCUCCCCAGAGACUCUUCGCUCUCCGGCACUCCCCCUCUUCUCCCCUCUGCUUUCCAUCUCUCUCCGUCUCCAGUCUCUUUUGCGGUCCCCGUGUCUCCUCUGGGCUUCCUGUGUCUCCCUGUCUCUCUCCAACCUCCCGUGUUCCCCCUGACCUCUCUAUGUCUCGCUGCGUCUCUCCAGCCUCCCAAAGCUCCCCUAAUCUCGCUGCGUGUCGCAGUCUCUCCCCCGGUGUCCCCGCGUCUCCCUCGGUCUCCCCACGCGUCCCCGCAUCUCCCCACGUCACCCGCGUCUCGAGUCUCCGCCAGCAGCAGCAGCAGCCGUCCCCUGCCUCUGCGGCGGCCAUGCUGAGCGGCGGACUGCAUCGCAUGCCGGCCAUCGUGAACCUCCUGCUCGUCCUCCUGAAGCGGCGCGGGGAGGAGAUGGGGCCUUGGGCAGCUGCCCUGAGGGAGAGGAAACGUCACCGAGUCACCCAGCGCCGCCUCGCCUGGGCCCUCAGCAGGCUGCGCGAGACUCGCCAGGCCCUGGACGUCGCCGUGGAGAUGGAGCGGCGCAGGGAGGCGGUGGUGAGGCAGCUGGAUGAGACCCUGGCGCAAGUGGUGCGGUGCUGCAAGAGGAGAGACGCUCAUCUCACAGAGCAGAGUCCCACGGUGCAAGCAGAGAAGCAGGCAGCGGAGCCGAGCCACGGCACGGGGACCCAGAGUGACUCGGAGGUGGUGGAGCGUGGGGACGACACGGAGACGGAGAGAGACUCGGACGUGGCGGUGGUGGUGGUGGUGGAGGAGGAGGAGGAGAGAGACUCUGUAGUGAAGGAGAGAGACUCUGUAGUGAAGGAGAGAGUCUCUGUAGUGAAGGAGAGAGACCAGUUGAAGGAGGAGAGAGACCGGGUGGUGGAGGAGAGAGACCAGUUCAAGGAGGAGAGAGACUCUGUAGUGAAGGAGAGAGACCAGUUGAAGGAGGAGAGAGACCAGAUGAAGGAGGAGAGAGACUCUGUAGUGAAGGAGAGAGACCAGUUGAAGGAGGAGAGAGACCGGAUCAAGGAGGAGAGAGACUCUGUAGUGAAGGAGAGAGACCAGUUGAAGGAGGAGAGAGACCAGAUGAAGGAGGAGAGAGACUCUGUAGUGAAGGAGAGAGACCAGUUGAAGGAGGAGAGAGACCGGAUCAAGGAGGAGAGAGACUCUGUAGUGAAGGAGAGAGACCAGUUGAAGGAGGAGAGAGACCAGAUCAAGGAGGAGAGAGACCGGAUCAAGGAGGAGAGAGACUCUGUAGUGAAGGAGAGAGACCAGUUGGUGGAGGAGAGAGACUCUGUAGUGAAGGAGAGAGACUCUGUAAUGAAGGAGAGAAACCUGGUGGUGGAGGAGAGAGAUGGGUUGAAGGAGGAGCGAGACCAGUUGAAGGAGGAGAGAGACCUGGUGGUGGAGGAGAGAGACCGGUUGAAGGAGGAGAGAGAUGGGUUGAAGGAGGAGAGAGAGCAGUUGAAGGAGGAGAGAGACUCUGUAGUGAAGGAGAGAGACCAGUUGGUGGAGGAGAGAGACUCUGUAGUGAAGGAGAGAGACUCUGUAAUGAAGGAGAGAAACCUGGUGGUGGAGGAGAGAGAUGGGUUGAAGGAGGAGCGAGACCAGUUGAAGGAGGAGAGAGACCUGGUGGUGGAGGAGAGAGACCAGUUGAAGGAGGAGAGAGACCGGUUGAAGGAGGAGAGAGACCAGAUGAAGGAGGAGAGAGACCGGGUGGUGGAGGAUAGAGUGCAGUUGAAGGAGGAGAGAGACGCUGUAGUGAAGGAGAGAGAUGAGUUGAAGGAGGAGAGAGACGGGUUGGUGGAGGAGAGAGACAGUGAGGUGAAGGAGAGGGAGGCGGUGGAGAGGGGUGGACGCGCUCGGGUCGAGGAGCUGAAGAGGCUGCUGCACACGGAGGAGGCCGCCCGGGACCAGGCCGUGCAGAUGGAGGCCUCGAUGCGGGAGACACUUCGCCUCCGAGAGGAGGAGAUGAGAUCGCUGCGACAGGAGCACGAGCAACGCCUCCGCGUCGUCCGCGCGGAGACGGAGCGCCUGUCCUGGGAGAAGCGAGCCCUCGAGGCGUGGAGACACGAGACGACGCUGGCGCUCUCUCGCCUCGUCCGCCACGAGGCGGCGGACGCGGGGACCGCCGGCCACGGCACGCGCAGCGCCGGCGGCCCCGCCGCUCACAUCACGAGCCCCGCUGCGCGGACGGGGUACGCGGCGGUCGACCACGACGCGCUCGCCUCUGGCAGCACGGCAGCGUACGCGCCCAUCUCCGCCGCGUGCGCCUCAACCACACUCAGCAGCAGCAGUAGCGGCAGCAGCAGCAGCAGUAACUGCAACAGCAGCAGCAGCAGCAGCGGCUGCAACAGCAGCAGCACAGUCGCAAUCGGCCCUGACGCGUACACCGCCGGCCAGAACGCGUCCAUCCACAAUUUGCAUGACUUGAGCCCCGACAAAUACACGCCUGCUGUCCAUAGCACGCACACAUCCCUCGCUUACAUGGACCAGGCUGUGCCUAACGCACACCACACUAUGCAUAACGCACACCACACUGUGCCUAACGCACACCACACUGUUCCUAACGCACACCACACUAUGCCUAGCGCACACCACACUAUCCCUAACGCACACCACACUAUGCCUAACACACACCACACUGUGCCUAACACACACCACACUGUGCCUAACGCACACCACACUAUGCCUAACGCACACCACACUAUGCCUAGCGCACACCACACUAUCCCUAACGCACACCACACUAUGCCUAACGCAUACCACACUAUCCCUAGCGAAUACCAGACUGUCCCUAACGCACACCACACUAUGCCUAACGCACACCACACUAUCCCUAGCGAAUACCAGAUUGUUUCUAACGCACACCAAUCUAUCGCUAACGCAUACCACACUAUCCCUAGCGAAUACCAGACUAUCCCUAACGCACACGAGACUGUCCCUAACACACACCACACUAUCCCUAACACACACGAGGCUGUCCCUAUUACACACCACACUAUCCCUAGCGAAUACCAUACUGUCCUUAACGCACACCAGACUUUCCCUAACGCACAGCAGUCUAUCGCUAACGCAUACCACACUAUCCCUAGCGAAUACCAGGCUGUCCCUAUCGCAUACCAGACUGUCUCUAACGCACAGCAGUCUAUCGCUAACACACACGAGACUGUCCCUAACGCAUACCACACUAUCCCUAACACAUACCAGACUGUCCCUAACACACACCAGUCUAUCGCUAACACACACCAGUCUAUCGCUAACACAUACCACACUAUCCCUAGCGAAUACCACACUGUCCCUAACACAUACCAGACUGUCGCUAACACACACCAGACUGUCGCUAACACACACCAGACUGUCCUUAACGCACAGCAGUCUGUCGUUAACACACAGCAGACUGUCCCUAACACACACCACACUGUCCCUAUCACACAGCGGUCUAUCGCUAACGGAGACACGUCUGUCGCCACUCCGCCCCUCCUCAAUGUCACCGCAUCUACCUCCGGCACCGCCACUCGCGCAGCAAACACCCGCAGCCAUAACAGACGCACGAGCAGCCCCGCCGUGUCCGUGGUCAUCCACGGCACGACCGCCGCCGGACACGGCACGCCCACCGCCGGCCACGGCACGCCCACCGCCGGCCACGGCACGCCCACCGCCGGCCACGGCACGACCGCCGCCGGCCACGGCACGACCGCCGCUGGCUCGCAGAGCAGAGGGGACGAGUGGAGAGGAGAAAGAGAAUGUGAGCUGAGGAGAUACGUGCAGAUGCUGUUAAGCCGUUCCCCGGGAAUUCCUCUGAGUGGGGAGUUUCAGGAGUCUGGAUCCGCUCUGGGCAGGGACCCCGCCGAGAAGUGUCCACCUCAUCAACCUCCUCCUCCCCCGAGUUCUGUCGGGGAGGUCAUCUGCUCACCCAUUGUUCCUCGCACUUGCAAGCCUCCGCACGGCCCCACCGCUCAUCCCGCCACUCGCCCCUCCGCCGCAGUGCCGCGUCGAUCCAGGUCAGCCGGAGGCGGCGUCCGUCAAGCCGGGCGAAGUCGCAAAGCUGCGGUGUGGCGCUAGCGCAGUCCGCGGCGCGCGAGUCAACCAGGAUCAGGACCCGGUUCGCUCGAGAUACAAUUUUAUUCCGGCGUUGUGCAACGCAUGACAACACGGUAACAGCCGAAAGCCGUCGUGGUGGGUGUGUAAGGUAGCGUAACUUGUAACGUGCAAAUUUCGAUGUUCAGCUUCUUUCGUGACUGCAGGGAUUCAUCUUCUUGGUUCUUUCGGUAAAGUCACGUAGAAGGGAAAUAAUAAAAUAAUAAAAAUAAAACAUAAAAUAAUUCUCACGACGUUUCGGCCACAACGCAAGCAGCAUUGGGACGCUGUCUUCCCGACAGACCUGUUCUUCACCUGAGGACGGCCGCUUGCGUUGUGGCCGAAACGUCGUCAGAAUUAUUUUAUGAUGUUUUAUUUUUAUUAUUUUAUUAUCUCCCUUCUACGUGACUUUACCGAAAGAACCAAGAGGAGGGUUAGGGUUGUUGUUGGGUUUUGUUUCUCUGCCACGGCCGCCGUUGACGCCGUGCGUGCUGUGAUUUGGUGCGUUGUUGUUGUGGUUUGCGGUUGUUUUUUGUUGUUGUUUACGGUAGCGUGCCCAUCGUGUGACGGGCCACAAUUGGGUGGAGGGAGGGAGGGUCUGCCCCGUGACCACCUCUUGCCAAUUUAACACGUAGCAUGCUUUCACGACCAAUAUUAUUCAUAAUCAACGUUGUUGGGUUGAGAUCGCGUUGUUUAUAAAUGUGUCGUAACCCUCCACCACCCGACACGGCCAAACAGUAAACAAUGUGUCACGUUUUUUUCAAAGGACAAAUUAAUUCACUUCUUUAGCCCCACCGGUGGUGUGCUGAAGAGAGAAUCAACAGCAUUUUAAAAUGUGAGUAGUGCGACGUUUCGCUGAUAAUUACAAUCAGCUUCAUCGGGCAAGAAUGGUGAAGCUCUCCUGUUGCUCCCGGUCUUGCCAGCUUGCGAGAGCCACACACUCGAAGUGUUCCGGCCUCGUGGUGCACCAAGCCUGGCACGGGCGCCCGCGACAUCACCGCCAACCCUAGUGGCGAUCGAUCGGCUGCAGUUGCCAAGUCGCGUGGAGUAAACGCCGGGUUGUGUGUCGGGAGAGUAAACCCGCAAUGUUCGCUGCGGCGUUUCGCCGGCUUGAAUAUCGGCGGUCGAAAGCCUCCGUUGCUAAACUGGGCCAUGGAGUUGAGUAGCGCGGUUGGCAGGCGGCAGAGGCUGCGGUUUGUGUUGUUGCUGAGAGGCUGUGAUCGUUGCACCCGCAGUCGUUUAAUACAAACACUUAUAUAUCGUGGCGAGACCAUGUCCCCUG